AUGUAUGACUACCAUUACAACGUGAUGCGGCGGCACUAUAACGAUUCAAUUAGACUGUUGUAUAUGGAUACAGAUUCCYUGAUCUAUCGAAUACACACGGAUGAUUUCUAUAAGGACCUGCUCGACAACCCCGCGCUACUCGAGCGGAUGGACACCUCGAAUCUCCCCGCCACACACCCCUGCUACACUGGUACGCGUAAGAAGAUCCCCGGAAUGUUCAAGGACGAGACAGCUGGCCGAACUAUGCACGAGUUUAUAGCACUCCGGGCUAAAUCUUACGCGUAUAAAAUCGAAGGGGGUGAAAAACUCGUGGCCAAGGGGAUUCGAGGGCAUGUGGUCCGAAAUCAUAUGACGUUCGAAGACCACAAGCGUUGUCUAUUCGAGGUCGACGGCGAGAACGCGGUGGAUGGUGCCGAGAGUGAGGAGGUGGGUGAAGAUGAUGGCGACGACUACAUGGAGGACGAUUUUGACGAUGACACAACGCUAAAGGUAGAGGAGCUGAAACGGCGUGCUCGUCUGAUGGCCCGAUCGGUUAUCACCACGAUCCACGAGAAUGCCGCCGCCGCUACCACCGCCGCCGCUAUUGCUGGUGUGGAAUUCACUCCAACACCACUACCUCCGUACACACCGUACACACCGUAUAGGCAAAACGUUUCGAUCCGAUUGUUCGAGCACCGCGUCAAAACGAUUAAGACCAUGAAAAUGACUCUUAAUCGUUUUGAUGACAAACGCGUUGUCGACGACGAUCGGAUACGUACACACGCUUACGGCCAUUACGCGCUACGCAAUUAA